AUGGAGGAAACCCUAGUACCGCCAUCUUCACUCUCUUCCACCUCUGACCAUACCAACGACGUUUCACUUCACUCACCGCCACUACCCACUCUUCCAUUAGAUCUCCUGUCAGAGAUUCUGUGUAGGCUCCCAGUGAAGCUUCUCCUUCAACUUCGAUGCCUCUGUAAGUUCUUCAAUACCCUUAUCUCUGAUUCCAAAUUUACAAAGAAACACCUUCACAUGUCAGCCAACCGCCACCACCUCAUCUUAUCCUCCAGAGAUGAGUCCCAUCUAAUGUCUUAUCCACUUCACUCUAUUUUCAACUCUGUUACCAUUAACGCCACCAAACUCCAUUUGCCUUUCAAACAACAAAGCUAUUUUAUCGUCGGCUCUUGCCACGGAAUCCUUUGUUUGGUUCCGUUCCGACACCCCGUUGUUUUGUGGAACCCUUCCAUUAGAAACUUCACAAAAUUACCUUCUUUGGAAAAUCCAAUAAAGGUUUCUUAUACUUCAUAUGGUUUUGGUUAUGUUCCUUUAACUGAUAAUUAUAAGGUGGUUGCUGUUUUAAACCACCUUAGAGGUAAUGGACCCUACCAUGCCAGAAUAAAGGUUCAUACUUUGGGUACCAACUAUUGGAGAAUGAUCGAGGGGAAUUUCCCUGUUGCAUACGAUAUGUCUCUUAAAUUCGUGGGUUGCACGCUUAAUUGGUUUGUGUAUUCUGAUCCUAUUUACAGUGUUGUUUCUUUUAAUUUGGUGAACGAAUCACAUCGAAAGCUUUUGCCUCCUAAUUUUGGAGGGGAAGAUGGUUAUCAUGUGAGUUUGGGUGUGUUGAGGGAUUGUUUGUGUAUCUAUGGUCGUAGCAGUGCUUUUCAUAUUGUUUGGUUGAUGAAGGAGUAUGGAAAUGAAGAGUCUUGGAUUAAAUUGUUUUGUGUUUCUUACAGAAAAUAUCCUUUCAACUAUCCCCAUAUCAAGCCAAUAUGGAUUUACGAAGAGGAUCAAGUGUUGAUGGAAUGUUGGUCACAUUUGAAACAGAAAAAGGAUUAUUCAGUAUAUGGUUUCAAAAAUGGUACUUUCAUGAUACCAAUGACUAAACAAAUCAAUGGUUGGAAUACCGUAUACGUUGAGAGUUUGGUAUCUCCUUGUUUCUAA